CAACCUCAGAUCUGCACAAGGCAACACCAGGGUUCGUGAUCUGUUUGCCAACGAUUACCGUCAACCACCACCUCUACAGCACUUUUACCAAUCCGCCACCAUGGGACGCUUCUCGACUUUGAACGCGGACACCCAGGAUCUGGUCAACUGCCUCCUUCCUGCACUCGCCACCGACUUCCACGUCAAGGCCGCUCUCGAAAUCAUCCCAGAAGAUAUCCGCAUGCGUGCAUGGGACUGCGAGCGACGCGACCACAUUAAGGAUCAGACCGAGAAUGAUCCGCGCAACUGGGGCGUUCAGUUUCUCAAAGAUCUCAAGUCCAUUGCACGCCUCAACGGCGGCAAUCUUGAGGAGUUCCAAGCACGCCUUAGGGCCAAGGUCGACGAACAUGAGACCAAGCAUCCAUGGUGCCGCUUGAGUGAUAUCAAGGAGCUGAAGGACGAGUACGAACACCCUGAUCGCCCAGCGCCACAGUCUGAGUCCGAGUCCUCUGUUUCAUCGAUCGACUCGUAUCUGGAAGAGCUGCAUGAGCCAGAACUGCCAAAGGGCACCAAGCGCGGCCGCAAGCGCAAUCACGAGAUUUAUGAGACUCGCCUGCAGCUUCCUCGAAAGCAGGGUCGUCUCCGCCGUGCCGAGGAUGGAACCGUCUAUCGCAAGGAGAAGCACACAGACAAGCGUCGUGAAGUCCACGAUUCCACCGAACGCAGCAUUCCUGGGCGUCGUAUCAGUAGGACCAUUCCCUCCGACGAAGACGAGAUCGAUGACGCUCGCGUCGGUGCCGUACGUGCUCGCCCUCGUUCUACAUUCUCCGGCACACCGGGUGCAUUGGCUCGCUCGGACAUCACAGAUGCCGUGAACACUUCCAAUGAGCCACUAGAGGUCCAGAAGCUGCAGGCAGAGCUUGAAGUUGCGGAAGCGGAGCUCAAGGCAGCUCGACUAAAGUACCAGUAUAUUCAGGCGAGAGAAGCUGCUGAGAGGAACCGAGCGCACAAGGUGGACUAGAAGUCCCACCGGCCGUGCGCUGUUGGCAGGGCUUGCUGACCGAUACAACGCGCUCGAACACUG